GACAUGUUUUUUUCAGUGUUUCUGUUGAGUCUCUGUGUUUUCUUCCUCCUUUUUCAACUUCAGCCUCGGAGACCCAAGAACUUCCCACCAGGACCCCCCAGUGUGCCUCUACUGGGAAACCUUUUAUCCCUGAACAUAAAGGACCCCUUAAAUGACAUUGAAAGGCUCAGACAGUCAUAUGGAAAUGUCUACAGCCUGUUUUUUGGUCUGAAACCAGUUGUUAUCAUCAAUGGGUUUAAGGCCAUGAGGGAGGCAAUGGUGAUCAAAGCUGCCGAUUUUGCUGGAAGGGCGCAAAACACUUUUCUUACUGCCAUUAAUGACAGCAAAGGUGUGAUAACGGUUGAUUAUAGCCCGCUGUGGAGGGACACUCGACGCUUUAUUCUGAUGACUCUGAAGAACUUUGGUUUGGGAAAGAAGUCGAUGGAAGACAGAAUCCAUGAAGAGAUUCAAUACACAAUUAAAACACUAGAAAACAACAUUGGUAAAGCCUUCUGUCCUCAGUUUGUGUUUCAUAAUGCUGUCUCCAACAUCAUCUGCAAGGUGCUGUUUGGAACACGUUAUGAGUACGACGAUGACACGAUCAAAACACUUAUUCAGUGCUUUAAAAGGAUUAAUAAAAUACUCAAUGGACCAUGGGCUCUGCUCUAUGACUCCAUCCCUUUAAUCCGCCGCCUGCCGUUGCCCUACAACACAGCCUUUGAGGAUGUUGAGCUUAUCCUGGAUAUCGCGCAAGAUUUGGUGAAUGAACACAAGAAGACCAGAGUCCCUGGAGAGCCGCGAGAUUUUGUUGACUGCUAUCUGGACGAGCUCGAAAAGAGAGAUGAUGAUUCCACGUUCUUUGAGGAGCAGCUAAAAAGAGUCACUCUUGAUCUCUACUCUGCUGGGACGGACACCACCUCCAACACCCUUCUGUCUGGGUUUCUAUAUCUCAUGAAAUACCCCCACAUACAAGAACGAUGUCAGCAGGAGAUAGACCGGGUGCUGGAUGGACAGGAUAAGGUCUCUUACGAGAACAGACACAACAUGCCUUACACGCAGGCUGUGAUUCAUGAGAUUCAGAGGAUUACCAGCUUAGUCCCUCUCAGUGUCUUUCACUGCACGACUAAGGACACGGAGCUCUCGGGAUACUCCAUUCCCCAGGGUACAAUAGUCAUCCAGAAUCUGACCUCAGUGCUGAGAGAGGAGGGACAGUGGAAAUUCCCUCACGAGUUCAACCCUGAAAACUUUCUGAAUGAUCAGGGAGAGUUUUUAAAGCCACAGGCCUUCAUGCCUUUCUCAGCAGGUUUUCGGAUCUGCCCUGGAGAGGGUCUUGCUCGCAUGGAGCUCUUCCUCAUCCUAGUGACUCUGCUGAGGAAGUUCAAGUUCGUCUGGCCAGAGGAUGCAGGAGAACCAGACUUCACGCCUGUCUAUGGAGCAAUUUUGAGUCCAAAACCUUAUUUAAUGAAGGUCCAUCUGAGGUGAAACCAGUUAGUGGUUUUGAG